CAUUUUUAUAUGCAACUUAAAGAUAAAUAAGUGAAAUAAAUUUCAAAAAAUUUUAAAUUUAAAAUAUAGGUGCUAUAUAUAAGCAUGGAAAAAUCUUUAGAAGAGAACAGGUUGAAAGACUCUUUCGAUAAAUUAAUAGAAAAUACAUCGAGGAAUCUGAAAAUAACAAAAAAGACCUUAAGAGUUUCAUUUAAUAUGGACUCAAGCGUAGAAAACAGCAGAUAUGAUACAGGCAUAUUGGAGGAAAAUUACAAAAAUUGUUUAAAAAAAAAAUGCAAUUGGGAAUGUUCUUCACCAACUUCUUACAAUAGCAGCUCGGCUGCGGAAUUAUUUGAUUGUCCAUUAUCUCCAAUCGAAAGCUCAAUGAUACUUGAUCCUAUUAUAUGUACAAACGGGAAUCGUGAAGAUGCUGAGAGAAAAAAAAAGAUGCAGAAAACAGAAUGUUUCGGAAUCCUAACUCCAGAUAUGGCUUACAGGAAAGGCCGGAGAUUAAUAACGCAAGGAAGAAAAUCUUUUUUUUUGAAAACUUUAAUUAAAAAUGAUCGGUUUUUUGAACAAGAUGUUUUACGGUAUUGCGAUCAAUUCAAGCCCUAUCCAUUUAAUACUGCAUAUGCGCAGUAUAAAAUGUUGAAUGCGGUAAAGAUCGGUGAAGGUACAUACGGAGAAGUGUUUCGUUACACUUCAAAAAAAAACGCUGAAGAUGUAAUAUUAAAGAUAAUACCAAUCGAAGGACAUAUUGAAAUAAAUGGAGAGAAGCAGAAAACUUUUAGUGAAAUUAUGCCAGAAAUAAUAAUUACAAAAAUUAUGAGCGGCCUUCAAGGAACUAAUACAAAUUGUACCAAUGGAUUCACAAGUAUGCACAAGAUUCUGGCGGCGACUGCCUUUGCUCAGAGUAACCGUCCAUCCUCACGUCCUUUUGUUUUCUGCUUCCGGAUAUACGGAAUGUUUUCCCGUGCACAUUCUUCGUGUGGGAUACAACCAUAUGUAGUUAGAAAAGGCAUCCACUAUGAAAAGAAUCUGAUGCUUUUUGGUCAACUUCAUCGGCCCAACGGGAUCGAUAUGCUGGCAUUCACUAAAAUGCACUCUACAUAUAUUAUGUAUUGAUAUACAAAAGUGACUUUGCUCAGUGCAGACGUGUUUUUCUUAUCGCUCCGCCAGUGCUCUGUAAAAAAUAUGAACCUAAUAGCGAAAGGAUGCUUACAGCAAUCCCAAAUCUCUGCAAAUCUAACAUCCAAUAUCUAGUGCACCCGGUAAACCGACGAGUCAAAGCCGCGAAACACAACCUUAGCAAGCAAGAAUACAACCCGUUGCUCGGAGCAACGCGAACUUUUUGUAGUCGCACCAUAGCCAAAAAGUAGUGUUUUUGACCGCGACCGCAGACGUUCACUUUCUGAGGCUUCAGUUACUCUAUCUUGGAGCUCACAAUGCCCUCAAUGCUUUCACCGCAAGCUGGCCUCGGCUCUGCAGUUCCUCUCCAAAAAACGGCGGAUCUGGCAAAAGGUGCUCUUGUACAGACCUGGAUCGAUCCGUAUAUACAAGUAAAACGUAAGCUUGGCCCACAAAAGAGCAAAAAGGAAAACAUGCUGAAAGUAUCCAAAACAUCAGGCAUCUCUUCUACCAGUUCGACAUAUAUAAAUAGAUUUACAAGAUUGAGAAACUUCGGCCCUGUCCAAUGCGUGAAUUGCCAGGAAUGUGGACAUACCAAAAGCUACUGCACUCUACGUGCAGUUUGUGUUGUGUGCGGUGAUCUCCACACACAAACAAAAGAAUACCCAGAACACAAAGAAGAUUCUGCAUUAAGGAAGUGUAGCAACUGCAGUUCGUAAAUACCCACGAUAUUGACUGGGUGACCCUAUCGGAAACCCUCCUCCCAAAUAAAAACCAUUUUGAUCACACUGGGUAUAUCUUCUAUGGAACCAAACAGACGGCGGUGGAAUCGGAAUUUUUAAUUAGAAACCAACCUCGUCAAGCACCAUUUUCACCAAAGUUUUGCAACAAACUAUAUAGAAGCCACAUCGUUAAACUUACAGUUACACAGCGGAAAUAUAAUUAUUUCAGCAGUUUACCGUCCUUUACAAUCUCGGAGGCACAACUUCCUGGACCGAUUUGUAGCAGCUUGAGACUACAACGCGAAACAUACGCACUGGAGAUCGAGACCCAUAAAGGCAGACAGUACAAUACAUGUUGUCACAAACUUAAUAGCCCAAUCUACUGGAUCGCAGAUCAGUAGAAAAAUUUCAAUGCCAAAGAGAAAAUAUGCAUAGAAAUAUCUAUUAGAAAUACAGGCAAUUAGGCCCGUAGUGGGGAAGUGAAGUGUUUAUGCCCGGUCAUAAACCCAACCCAAGCCCAACCCUGCAACUAACUCGUUCGCUCUACUGCAAACAAACACUGCGCCAGCGAUGAACCCAAUAAUCUUCCAACCCACUGAGAUUGGCAAAAUCAUCAAUGAUCAACUAAAACCUGGAAAGGCUCCGCGUGCAGAGCAAAUAACCCCAAAUAUGAUAAUGAAACUGCCGAACCGUGCUAUAGAGGCUAUUUGCAAACUCUUAAACGCAAAAAUAGAAAAGAUCGAUCAAUAUAAUGAUCCUGAAAGCUGGAAAAGAUAAAACUAAUCCAUCAUCGUAUAGACCAAUACGUUUCACGUCUCUCAAAGCUCUUGGAAAAAUGCCUUCUAUCUCGAACAACACCUUACCUCAGAGACCAAACCUUUUUUUCCGGCACUUCAAUUUGGCUUUCGCGAACGACUUAGUACAUAUAGAUAACGAUAAUUUUGACUUUGAAAUUUCGAAUAUCAUCGUCAAUGUGUCAGAUAUUGUGUAAAAGGUUUGCGAAAUGGUUAAGUUUACGCUCGAAAAAAAUUGGGAAAUAUUGAAAACUUUCUUCCAAAGUGGAGAGUCUUCAACUAAAAAUGCAAAAACCGAAUCGGGGGGUCAAAAUUAGGGAAAAAAAUAAAGCGCCUUCCAGGCAGUUUGUGGAUAAUUUUGUAAAGCGUGUGCGUAAGACUUGAUUGUUGAUGGAUAAAACAGAACGUUUACGUGCUCGUCCAGUUCGGUCGGUCGAAAAUAUCGCUGCGGUGGCCGAAAGUGUCAAUGACAAUCCGUAGACGUCAACUCGGUGCGGUGUGUAGUCGGGUGCCAUCAUUGGGCCGUUUUCUUUAAAAUCGAGGAAGGAGCUGCCGUAACCGGUUAUGGUGUCUGCUAUCGCGGCAUGUUGGAAGACUGUUUCUUUCCCCGAAUGGAAGAAGCAGACAUUAGGCGACAUAUGGUUCCAGCAGGACGGCGCUACGUACUUACCGCACACGUUCGAAAAUAGCAUUAUCAGCCGAAACGGCGAUGACAACUCCCCGCCUCGCAACUGCGAUUUGACCUCGUUGGACUAUUUUUUGUAGGGUACCGUCAAGGAUAAGAGUUACGCCAACCACUCAGAAACGGUUAACGACCUAAAGCACGAGAUUGAUGUCGCCAUCAGGGCUAUUGAGUGCCAUACCAUCGAAAAUGUGUUUAAAAAUUGGGUCGACCGAAUGGGAUAUUGUAAAGCCAGUUGAGUCAGCCAUAUGAACAUACAUAUGCCGCAAUUAUAAGGCUAUUUAAAACGCAAAUCUUUCAUUGGCCACCCUGAACAAUCCAGCAGGUUAACAGCUGAAAGGCGGCCUUCGAAAAUCAUGAAUACUGCAGUGCGAUAUUCUUCAACGUCUCCCAAGCGUUUGACAGAGUCUGACC